AUGAUGAUCAAGCUCACCGUCGCCUUUGUUGUCGCAGCCACCGUGCUUUCGAGCGCUGCCGAAGCCGCUCUUCAGUGCAGCAUGCAGACCUUUAAGUCCAACAUCAUCCAGGUCGAGGUCUUUUCUGCUGCCGACUUGUCCGACAAAACGGUGACUGAAUACGCUGAAGCCCCUUUUGCUGAUGUCAUUCUGACCGCAGAGAAGUACCACUCGGAUGUCGGUGAGACACACCACUACAUCAACAUGCGUCACAACGCAAUCGACUGUCGCCAUGUCAAAGGCGCCAUGAACAGCAUCUGCAACAUCAAUUACGUCGGCGAAGAGCCGGGCAACACUUGCGCUCAGGUUGUGCACAAAUCCCAUCGCCUUGGCUGGGGCACUGGCAAAGCUCUUGACAUUUCCGAGUCUGCUCCCAACUCGCCCGUCCACUUUAGGGCUACACUGGCUCCUUCGCUUCAGUCCUGGACCGCUGGUCUGCCUGACACGUGCGCUGUCCAGACCUUUGACGCACCCGACAAAGGGUUCAAGGUAGUCACCUUCCACGCCUCCGAAAGGCACGAAUGGAACCCUGUCGUCGUUACUCUCGACGAACCUGACCAUCUUUUCGGAAAUGCCUGGAGCUGCCAGUAUGAUGAAUAUCUUCAUGCCGAUGCUCCUCGCGGUACGACCCUGGACGGUGGAAAGACUUGGUCUUUCACCCACGUCAGGUUUGAUCCUGUCGUUUUCUCUGCUCAGUGA